AUGGCAAAACGUAGAAAAAGUUUUAGUUCUAUUACUUAUAAACCUGAAAAUUUCACCAAAGAAUAUAAUUCAGUCUUCCAAAAGUCUAUCAACGAACAUAACUAUAACUUCAGCCUUAAAAAAUCUAACAAUAAUAGUGAUAUACAAACAGGAGUGGACGAAAAAAUUUUAGCAUCAAUUCUAGUUUACGUUACUGCUUUAGAAAAUGAAAAUAAGACAUUAAAAGCUAAAGCAAAAAAGGAAGUAUUAGUUUCGAGAAGUAAAAUAGAGACUACAAAAAUGUUAAAGUCUAAUUAUAAUAAAAGAAAAGGAAAGAGACAUCAAGACUCUAGCUUAGAACGGUUAAGUACAAGGGAUUGUGAGUCUAAUACCAUUGAUAAAGAUCAUGAUAAUUCAUCUGUUGCUCUGCCGAUCCUGAAACCGUCUGGAAAAUUAAGCAAAUUUGUGAAUUUGCAUCUGAAAUUAAAUUUGAAGAAGAACGCUGCCUUUUAUGGACUUAUCGAACGCUAUACUUCCAUUGGAAUUCAAUAUAAAAACCUUGAUAAAAAUAUUAGAGCUGGAAUUAUUCGCAAGUUUAAGAAAGCUAAUCCUCACUUUCCUGAUUGUAUCAAUGAUUAG